UCUGAGAAAGGUCUGUAACCAAUAAGUAAGCCCCAAGAAGCUUGUUUGCCUGGUGAUGCCGGCAGAUAAGCCUGGCAAACCUCGGUGUGACUGAAGAAGUCAGUUUGAGACUCAGCCUAGCCCAGGCAAGCUACUGGACCUUGACUGCGCUCAGCGAACCUCAGCACAAUGGGGUUAACAUUUUGGAAGGUGUUUCUGAUUCUCAACUGCCUUGCAGGUCAAGUUAAUGGAGUGCAAGUGACCAUCCCAGACAGUUUUGUGAAUGUGACCAUUGGAUCUGAUGUCACUCUCAUCUGCACCUACACCACCACUGUGGCCUCACUGAACAAGCUCUCCAUUCAGUGGACAUUCUUCCAUAAGGAGGAGUCACAACCAGUUUCUAUUUACUAUUCUGAAGGUGGACAAGCUACAGCCAUAGGAAAAUUUAAAGAUCGCAUUGUAGGGUCCAACACUUCAGGUAACGCGUCCAUCACCAUCUCGCAUAUGCAGCCAGAAGACAGUGGCAUCUACGUCUGUGAUGUUAACAACCCCCCUGACUUUUUCGGCAAAAAUCAAGGCACCAUCAGUGUCAGCGUGUUAGUCAAACCUUCUAAGCCCUUCUGCAGCAUCCAAGGAAUAGCAGAAACUGGCCAUCCUAUAUCUCUUACUUGCCUUUCGGUGCUUGGAACACCUUCCCCUGUGUACUACUGGUAUAAACUUGAAGGAAGAAACAUCGUCCCAGUGAAAGAAAACUUCAACCCAGCCACCGGGAUUUUGUUUAUUGGAAACCUGACCAGUUUUGAACAAGGUUAUUACCAGUGCACCGCUAUUAACAUCCUUGGCAAUAGUUCCUGUGAAAUUGACCUAACUACUUCAUAUCCAGGAACUGGAAUCAUUGUUGGGGCCUUUGUGGGGACCCUGAUAGGUGUCAUCAUUAUCAUCUCUGUGGUGUGGUUCGUGAGGCGUAAGGUAAAGGCGAAGGGGAAGGAAAGGAAGAGGAAUUCUAAAACCACCACAGAACUCGAACCAAUGACAAAGAUAAACCAAAGAACAGAGGGUGAGACAAUGCCACAUGAUGAUGUCAUCCAACUCGAAGCCGCCCUUCCGUCUUCCACCCAUGAGACUGAGCCUGAUGCCACCCUGGGGCCAGAUCAUGAGCCUGUCCCCGAGCCUGAGCCUGCCUUGCAGCCUACUGCGGAGCCACCCUCUGGGCCUGAGCUUGUCCCCAUGUCUGAGCUCGAGAUCCAGCUGGAGCCGGAGCCUGCGCCCCAGCAGGAGCCCCAGCCCUUGAUUGUAGAUGAGCCAUUUUCUGAUGAGGAGAAGGGGGAGAUUAAGCCAUAGGCCAGUGGCCUGAGUACAGUGUUCAUCACCAAGGAAUCCAUUAGUGGCAUGUGGAAUUGAGUUGACCUAACUAAUUUCCCACCACCUGCCUCCAUUCUGGCCAACCCUCUUCUAACAUGGAGCUCUUACUAUCAAUCCAGAAUAGACAGAUCAAGAUAACUACUAAAUAAAUGCAAGGGUUCCUGCAUUACCAGUCUAGAGGACUUAAUUUCACUAACCUGUAAACACAAUUAAUGACAAGUGAUUUUGAACUCAUUGAAGGUGUUUUGCCACAACACCUGUGUCUUAUUUCAGAAAUCUUGUUUCUCUAUUUUUAGCUAUUCUUUGGCAUUCCACAUGCACACAUGACAAGGUGCCAUUAACUGGAUUCAAUAUUAUUUCUUGGAUUUGCUGUUAUCAGAGCUUCCCUAUUCAUUUUCACAUUGAUCACUAAGAAUUCACCAGCAAUAAUCUCAUAGAUUGGGGAGAAAAUCCUUAAAAUUCCAGAGAAGAAAGGGUACAUAUUAAUUGGUACAUAGCAUUUAAAACUAGGUCUUAAAAUUAAUGCUUCAUUUAUCAUAUUAGAUUUCCCAGGGAACCACUGUGCUAUCCAAUAUCUGAGCACAGCAAAAUUUUAAAGUAAAUUAACUUUUUAAACGCAAAAUAAUGUAUGGGCAAACAAUUCCAAAUACAACUUCCCUUCAAUGAAUACAAAAUGUUGAUAUCACAGGUAAUGUACUAUUUAGCUUUGAAUGCGCUAUUAUGUUGUCGCACUGUCUGAUGCUAUCUCUACUUUGGAAGGGCCAAACUAAAUGAACACUUAAGAUCUAUCUUAGAUAAUCUGAACACAUUAACUGUUUUACUGUUGGGAUAUUUCACAUUAACAAAGAGAUAUAAUUCUUGUGUAAAUGCUAACUAUUAACUAAAAUGCAUUCAUAUCACCUUGUCACCGGCUAAAAAGCUUUUCUUUUGAUUAUAUUUAUCAACACUCCACUUUGAAUAAAUUUACAGGUAGACUUUUUCAUUUGUGUAAUCAGAUUUUAAAUCUUCUUUUAAGUAAUACUCAAUAAAAAUCUUACUUUAA